CUCUUCUUCUUCUUCCUCCUCUCGCAAGUCACUUUUGAGUCGUUUAGUAUCUCUCUAUCUGCUACUCCUUCUCAGUCAUGAUGGAUAUCGAUUUCAACGAAUACAAGCUCAGAUGCGAGCUUCGUGGCCACGACGACGAUGUCCGUGGAAUAUGUGUUUGCACUGACGAGAACAUAGCUACCUCAUCAAGAGACAGAACGAUAAGGGUAUGGUCACUUGCUUCUGAUGAUAAGCGAAAGUAUUCAGCUUCUAAGAUUCUCUUGGGUCAUACAAGCUUCGUUGGGCCUCUUGCGUGGAUGUCGCCGAACGAGGAGUACCCUGAAGGCAGGCUCGUCUCUGGGAGCAUGGAUACUUGUGUUAUGGUUUGGAACCUGGUCAAUGGAGAGGUUGUUCAGUCAUUGAAAGGUCAUAAGAUGCAAGUCACUGGUGUUACUCUUGAUGAUGACGACAUUGUUUCAUCUUCAGUUGACCAAACUCUGAAGCGAUGGAGAAACGGCCAGCUUGCUGAAUCUUGGGAGGCGCACCAGUCGCCUGUACAGGCAGUCUUGAAGCUGCCGUCUGGGGAGCUCAUUUCAGGGUCAAGUGACACAACUCUCAAACUAUGGAAGGGGAAAACAAAUCUACGAACUUUUACAGGGCAUGCAGAUACGGUUAGAGGGUUAGCCGUGAUGCCUGAUUUAGGAUUUCUUUCAGCAUCACAUGAUGGUUCCAUCAGGUUGUGGGCCCUAAGUGGCGAAGUUCUUUUGGAGAUGGUUGGACACACCUCCAUCGUUUACUCAGUUGACGCACAUGCAUCUGGCUUUAUUGUUAGUGGGAGUGAAGAUCGCCAUGCCAAGAUAUGGAAAGAUGGAGUAUGCGUUCAGAGUUUGGAACACCCGGGCUGCGUCUGGGAUGCCAAGUUCUUGGAGAGCGGAGACAUUGUUACUGCAUGUUCAGAUGGUGUGGCUCGCGUCUGGACAGUACGUGAUGGUAUGAUUGCGGAUCAAAUGGAGAUUGAUGCUUAUGAUUCCCAACUUUCUCAGUACAAAUUAAGCAGGAAAAAAGUUGGGGGAAUGAAACUUGACGAGCUGCCGGGGCUUGAUGCUCUGACGUUACCAGGUACCAGCGAUGGCCAGACAAAAGUCGUAAGGGAGGGAGACAAUGGUGUUGCUUAUGCAUGGAACAUGAACGAACAGAGAUGGGACAAAAUCGGUGAGGUUGUUGAUGGCCCAGAUGGUGUGGGUGACCGUCCUAUCCUCGAUGGAGCUCAGUAUGAUUUUGUUUUCGAUGUUGACAUUGGUGAUGGGGAACCUAUCCGGAAGCUUCCUUACAAUCGAACAGACAAUCCUUAUGAUGCAGCUGACAAGUGGCUUCUGAAAGAGAAUCUUCCCGUCGCAUACCGUCAGCAGAUUGUUGAUUUUAUAUUACAGAACUCUGGGCAGAAAGACUUCAAUUUUAAUCCAUCUUUUCGUGAUCCCUUCACGGGCGCAAAUGCUUAUGUUCCUGGGCAAGCAUCUCAUUCAGCUGCAACACCAGCAAAACCUUUAUACAAGCACAUUCCUAAAAGAGGAGUGCUAGUUUUUGAUGUUGCUCAAUAUGACGGGAUCUUGAAAAAGAUGACAGAGUUUAACAAUACUCUACGAUCUGACCCAGUACAUACUGACAAGUCCAUGACAGAAGCGGAAGUAUCCAGAGUGGGCGCAAUCGUGAAUAUACUCAAGGACACAUCACAUUACCACGCUACCAGUUUUGCUGACAUCGAUAUCGCUUUGCUUUUGAAAGUGAUACAAGCAUGGCCACCUGCGAUGAUGUUUCCGGCUACUGAUUUAGUCAGGAUGCUCGUUUUGCAUCCUCAUGGAGCAAGCCUACUUAUUAAGCAUGUGGAAAACAACAAUGAUCUGCUUCUGGAUGUUAUAAAGAAAGUCACAGAAGAUUCGGCUCUUCCUGCAAAUCUUCUAACAACUGUUCGUGUCCUUGUUAAUCUAUUCAAGAAUCCUUCAUUUCAUUACUGGCUACAGAAGCAUCAUAGUCAAAUUCUUGAUGCCUUCUCAAACUGUUAUUCAUCACCAAAUAAGAAUCUGCAGUUGGCGUAUUCGACGUUACUUCUCAAUUAUGCAGUGCUACUAAUAGAGAAGAAAGAUGAAGAAGGCCAAUCUCAAGUCCUUUCAGCAGCAUUGCAGAUUGCAGAAGAGGAAGCUGCAGAUGUUGAUUCCAAGUUCCGGAGUUUGGUAGCAAUAGGCUCGCUGAUGCUUGAAGGGCUCGUGAAGAAGAUAGCGAUAGAUUUUGAGGUGGAGAGCAUUGCCAAAUCAGCAAAGGCAUCUAAGGAAGCUAAGAUUGUGGAAGUUGGUGCUGAUAUCGAUCUUCUAAUUCGCCAGCCUUAAAAAUGGAGUCUUUUGAGAUUAGGAUUUUUCUUUUAUUUGUAUUUUGCUUACGUUUCAAGCAGAGUUUCAGAUUUCUGAAUACAUAUUUGAAUAUAAGUCAGAUAUGGAAAGUGACUCUGCUCUUGUCAACAGAAUUUGAAUAUUUUUUUAUAAGAACUUAAAUUAUAAUAUCUCUACUACCACUCAAAUUCA